ACAACCAUUAAAAACUAAACAUACAAAUUAAUCUCUCAUAAAUGCAACGGAGAGAGGACGGGCGACGUGGUGGUGGCGUCGGAGCAGCGUUGGGAGCUGCUGUGAGCGCUGGAGAAAUGCAACGAGGAUUUGUAGGUGCUGAAGAAGAUGAUCGACGAGCCAACAAGGUGACGAAGAGUUUUGGCGUCGGUGACGAUUGGUCUGCAGGGGGCUACGAUACAUUUGCGGCAGCGGCGGGGAAUGAUAACAAAUAAAUCGAGCUGGAGAAGAAUCCGAGCGGAGAACGAUUUGAUUGGGAUUUCAUGAGAUGGCAGAGCUCGAUUGAGAUUUCGUCGGUCAAGUCGUUUUAAUCGACUUGCAACAUGGUGAGAUUCGAACAGGUGGAGAGGUUUGCAGGGAUCGUGGAGGAGAUGGAGUUUUGGACCACGGCUCCCGGAGACGGCUGAGCUCAGGGAGCCAAUUUAUUGUGAGAGAAAGUGAUUGAUCCAUGGGGAAAUUAGCAGCUUGCAUUGCCUUCUGAUGUGCUCAUUCCUUUUCGGUCCUUUACUUGCUUCUCCAUGUUCUUAAUCUAAUGAAGUAUAGCCACUACCAAUUUGUCAAAAUCAUUGAAUUUCAACUCUGGGGAAAGAAGGGGAAAUCACCGCCUCCCACCCCAUCACCAUCGUCGGACUAUCCUGCUCCAGCUCCGUCGAAGAAGAAGAAGAUCGAGAGCCCCUUGCCGAUUUCGACGAACCCCUCCAGCAGUCCAGCGCGCCCACAACGAAAGGCCUUUCCCUCUCGAGAUUUAGUCCUCUCCCUCCAUCAACCCAUAUUUGCCCUCGUCCAAGAGCUUUUUGAUGAUGGUGGCAUCGGUGGCGCGGUCGCGAUUGUGGCGCACGGUUCAGAUGGGGGAGAUGAACUCGGAGAGACGGAGUCCAAGUAGACAACGACAGGGAUGGGGCUGCUAGGGAUUUCUCAACGGAUUCAACGAUUUCAGCUGCAGAAGGGGAGUAGGAAAGGAAAGGGAAGGAAGAUGGCAGAGAUGCUAGUGAUUUCCAUAAUGUCAUGUGGGAAGGAAGCCCAAAGAUGGAAGUGGCAGCGCCGGCGGGGAGUGUCUUGGCGAUGAAGGAUAUGGUAAAAGUAUCGGGGAUUAGAAGAAAUUAAAUUUUUUAUUUAUUUUUAAUAAAAAUGAUAAUGAGGU